CCAAUCUGAUCAACCGCCUUUGCAAUGGCUGCUUUUCUAAAGCUUGUCGCUGACGCUAGCACAACCCUCCGAAUUGUUGCUGGUGUGGGUUGUGGUGUUAUUGUCUACUCAAUUUUCAAAGUAUUGAUCAGUCCGAUUUCUGAACUUCCCGGACCAUGGUAUUCCAAAUGGACGAGUCUUGUGCUCAAGUACCAGUGGUUCCGCGGCCAACGGGCAUUCUAUGUCCAUAGACUGCACCAACAAUACGGCCCAUGUGUUCGUGUCGCCCCUGGGGAAGUGCACUUUACCGACAUUGCAGCCGUAAAGGUAAUCUACAACGUGCGUGAAUCAUACAAAAAGUCCCCCUGGUACGCCAAACUCGCAACUGUCCGCAUUGAAAAUGUGUUCAGCACUCGAAACAUUGAUAUGCACCGUCGGUACCGAAGGUUGCUCUCUGCGCCAAUGUCCGAAUCGGCACUCAUGUCGACACACGCAGCUACUGUGCGAUCCAAGGUUGAUCUUGCCAUUCAAGGUAUUGCCAAAGAAAUGGACGAAAAUGGGGCGGUAGAUGUAUCCAAGUGGUGGCUGUUUAUGGCAUCAGACAUCAUUGGUCAACUAUCAUUUGGACAGUCGUUCGGAGCAGUGGAACGCGGUACAAAAGACGGAUACUUGCACGAUUUGGAACAACUUGUUCCUCUGGCGCCAUUUCGAACCACACUCCCAGCCAUAAUUCCACUAGGUAUGAUGCUCGGUAUCCCUGUGUUUAAGCGGGCAGGAGAGGCAGCUCCUCGCGUUCGAGACUAUGCUAUCAAGUCUAUUCAACUCUACGACGCGUUGAGGCAGUCUGAAUCUACAAAGGUUAAAAAGACUCUUUUCACCAAGGUGUUUACUGAGUCCGAAGAAGGAAAACUGUCGGUGGAAGAGAUUACCAGCAACGCACAGGCAUACAUCAUUGCCGGCACCGAUACGACCGCAACUACCAUGACGUAUCUUGUUUGGUCUGUCUGCCGUCGCCCAGAUAUUCAACAGAAAUUAGUGGAGGCUUUAAGAAAAUUGCCCAGCAACUUCUCAGAGACGGAUCUCAAGAAUAUCGCCUAUCUCAACCAUGUCAUUGACGAAACCCUGCGGUUGUUUGCUGCGAUUCCAUCUGCUUUACCGCGCGAAGUUCCGGCUGGAGGCGCAAAGCUCGGGGCUCAUUGGGUUCCUGAAGGCACCACUGUGUGCACCCAGGCCUACAGUAUGCACAGAGAUUCAGAGAUCUGGCCAGAGCCAGAUCUCUUUAACCCAGAUAGGUGGGAUACACAGACAAAGGUGAUGCAAGACGCCUUUAUGCCGUUUGGCGCCGGAUCACGCAUUUGCAUUGGUUUACACCUUGCCCGAAUGGAACUUCGAUAUGCCACUGCACAGUUCUUCUUGAAGUUCCCCAAUGCGCGAAUCUCUUCAAAAGACGGUAUGAGCGACGCGGAUAUGAAGCCUAGGAUUUGGUUUCUGGAAACAACGUCUGGAGGAAGAUGCCUUGUGGAAGCUUCUUGAUAAAUGACUUUAUUAAGUAGUGACUGUUUAGAAGCAGAGAUCUAUUUCGCAUAUCGCAAAUCCAAGUUUACAAUUACACUACCUCAGACUCCGAAAUAACAUAGAUUAUUCAGAACUACCAUAUGUUUCGUCUGUC